CUUGACUUUUGACAAUGAAGUUGAGAACAUACUUAACAAAGUUUGAUUUGUCUUAAACUGAUUCGUUAAUUAUUUAAAUGCAAAUGUCAGUACUUACUAAUAGUAGAGAUGGAGCAGGGCUGCCGGAAAAUGGGAACUUCAACACGCAAGUUCCCCCUACACUCCUCCAAGCGGCUGCGCCGCCGUUUUCUUAACCGGGCAUUUGCCGUUGUUUACUUUUUUGCCAUCGUGGCUCUCCUCUACCACCACGCAGAAAGUCUCCUCUACUCCCCCACCUAUGGUGCUUUCUUCAUAUCCACGUCGUUGCUAUUAUCUGAUAUUAUACUGGGCUUUAUGUGGCUGAAUUCCCAGGCCUUUCGUAUGAAUCCAAUUAUUGAAAAUAUCUUCCCUGAAAACAUCGAAAAAGUUUGUGAUCGGAAAAAUUUUCCAGCCUUGGACAUAUUUAUAUGCACGGCGGAUCCUUAUAAAGAGCCGCCCAUGACGGUGGCAAACACGGCUCUAUCGGUGAUGGCAUAUGAUUAUCCGGCAGAAAAGUUGUCGGCUUAUGUAUCGGAUGAUGGAGGAUCCGAGUUCACUCUCUUCGCUUUGAUGGAGGCUGCUAAAUUUGGAAACUAUUGGCUACCUUUCUGUCGGGAGAAUAAGGUUAUGAACCGGUGCCCCGAAGCUUAUUUCAGAUCGAAUUCUUGUUCAAACUCUGAAAUUAAGAUUACACUGCAGACGAUGUAUGAGAGUAUGAAAAGGAGAGUAGAAAGUGUAGUCGAGAAAGGGAAAAUUAUUGACGAGUACAAAACCAGUGAGGAAGAAGCUGAAGCUUUUGGCAAAUGGAACCAGGGAUUUACUCGUCAGGAUCAUCCCACUGUAAUCCAGGUAGUGUCACAAGCUGGGAAUGACACGGAUAUUAGAGGCCAUUCUAUACCAAAUCUCGUCUAUGUGUCUAGAGAGAAAUGCAGGACGUCCGAGCACCAUUAUAAGGGAGGAGCCCUGAAUGCACUGCUUCGAGUUUCGGCAGUCAUGACAAAUGCACCAAUAAUUCUGACCCUAGAUUGUGACAUGAUAUCCAAUGAUCCAUCAACGCCUCAUCAAAUGCUGUGUCACUUCUUGGACAGUUCUCCGAAAUUUGGUUUCGUUCAGUUCCCUCAACGUUUCAAUGGGCUUAACAAGGCCGAUAUCUAUGCGUCCGAGUUUAGGCGUAUGUUUUAUAUAAACCCAGUGGGCAUGAAUGGUUUAUCGGGCCCGGAUUACUUUGGGACUGGUACAUUUUUUCGUCGACGCAUUUUCUAUGGUGCUCCAUCAUCAUUUAUCGAACCAGAAAUUGUGGAAUUGAACCCAGAUAACUUUGUUGAGAGGAGUAUAAAAAAUCAGUCAAUUUUAGAGCUAGCUCACCAUGUAGCAGGUUGCAAUUAUGAGAACCAGACCAAUUGGGGUUCCAAGAUUGGGUUUAGAUAUGGCUCGUUAGUCGAGGACUAUUAUACCGGUUAUCGGCUUCAUUGCGAGGGAUGGAAGUCAGUAUAUUGUAAUCCGGAAAGAGCAUCUUUUUUGUGCGAAAUGCCAAUAUCCCUUAAUGAUUCGCUGAACCAGACCAAGAGAUGGGCCUUAGGCCUCCUGGAGGUGUCUUUGUCCAAGCAUAGUCCUUUAGUCUUUGGUGUUCGGUUUCUUGGACCUUUAAAGGCUCAUUGUUAUGCAUACUAUGCCUUUGGCCCCCUUUUGUCAUUCCCUGUCGCAGUGUAUGCCUGCGUGCCUCAAAUAGCUCUGCUCAACGACUUCUUUGUCUUCCCAAAGGUAUGGGAUCCCUGGUUUUUCUUGUACAUAUUCCUAUUUCUUGGGGCCUAUGUACAAGAUUGCCUGGAGUUUGUUUUAGCCCGAGGGACAAUCCUACGGUGGUGGAGUGAUCAAAGAAUGUGGCUCAUAAGGUCACUUUCAUCUGAUUUAUUUGGAUCGUUAGAGUACAUUACCCAUCAUUUGGGAAUUGCCACAAGAGGCUUUGAAGUAACUAGCAAAGUAGUUGACAACGAACAAAACAAAAGGUAUUAUGAAGGGAAAUUUGAAUUUGGGGUUCCCUCACCCAUUUUCGUGCCAUUUUCGACUGGUGCAGUUUUGAAUUUAGCGGCGUUGAUUAUGGGAUUUCUGAAAAUCCUAAGGGGAGAAAAUUUGGACUGCUUGAUUUUUCAGAUGCUUAUUGCAAGUUUUGGCGUAGUGAAUUGCUGGCCAAUUUAUGAAGCCAUGGUUUUAAGAAGUGAUAAUGGAAGAAUGCCUAUCAAGAUUACUUUCAUUUCAGUUUCCUUUGCAUGGGUUGUGUAUGCAGCAGUUUCUUUUAUACUAAAGCUGCAAAAGAUAUAGAAUUGGAUUUUCGUAGUUGAACAAAUGAAUAAAUCUCAUAGCUUUCCAUCUUUGUUUAAA